AUGGUUAUAAAUAAUAGAUCUAAAAUAGAUCUCACAGAAAUCCACAAAGAAACGUUAAUAGAGAGAAUAUUUAAAUUCCUUGCUAUAUUAAUGGUCAUUAUAUUUCCAAUUGCAUUGGUGUUUUGUUUCAGAGUUGUGAAACAGUACAAACGAGCCGUCGUGUUGCGAUUUGGUAGAGUGAGGUGCGAUUCUCCUGCAGGACCUGGAAUUAUAUGGGUUGUGCCCUGUACUGACAACGUGGUCUUCAUAGACUUGAGAACACAGUCAUUCAAUUUGGCACCACAAGAAAUUCUCACUAAAGACUCUGUGACAGUCCAUGUUGACGCCGUCGUCUAUUUUCACGUCACGAACCCUUUAUCCAGCUUACUUAACGUCCAAUCGCACAAAAAAGCGACAGAGCUUCUGUCUGUAUCAUUUUUAAGAAACAUCUUGGGACAGUACACGCUAUCCGAGUUGCUCUCAAACAGAGUUUUAAUAAGUGAUGCGUGUAGAAAAAUCAUUGAUAAGGGAACAGUAGCGUGGGGUGUUGAGGUGGAAAGAGUGGAAAUCAAAGAUGUGAUAUUGCCUUUUGAAUUACAAAAGGCAAUGGCUGCAGAAGCCGAAGGUGCUCGCAUUGCAAAGGCAAAGAUUAUUGAGGCUGAAGGCGAAAUUAAAGCAGCAGAAAACCUGAAGGAAGCAGCAAAACUCAUGAUGGAAAAUCCAAAAGCCAUGCUUACUAUUUUGAAGGUUCUAUUCUAUAAAAUGCACACACCAAAUGAAAACGACGAAAAUGUAAGGCUGCAUCAGGAAUCUCAACAUCCGUCAUUUUCAGCUUCUCCUAUAGAUCUGGAAAAGUGUUCUCCCCGAAGCCAUCGUCCUCGGCUACAAGUCAACAAAGGAAAGGACAAACUGAUAGAAAAGUUUUUAAUUUUUCUUUCUAUUCUUCUUGUUAUAAUUGCUUUUCCUCUGUCCUUAAUUUGCAUAUUUGUGAUAAGUCGUCAAUUCGAAAGGGCUAUAAUUUUGAGGAACGGGAAGGUUCAUAAAAAUCGCGCCUUCGGUCCUGGACUUCUGUUUUACCUUCCUUGUGUGGAUUCCGUCAAAUUUAUAGAUCUCAGAACGUUUUGCUACGAAGUGCCACCUCAAGAAGCUUUAACAAGAGAUUCAUUGACCGUAUCGGUGGACGCUGUUGUAUUUUAUAAAGUUUUUGAACCAGUAUGGGCGGUAAUAAAUGUUACCAAUUAUAGGAUUGCAACCCAGUUCUUAGCGUCUACUACACUUCGGUACGCAUUGGGUACGACAAAACUAAGCGAUUUAUUGAUAAACAGACCAGUGAUAAGCCAGCAAGUACUUGAACUUAUGAAGAACAUAACAAAAGAAUGGGGCGUUGAAGUCGUUAAAGUAGAAAUCAAAGACAUAAGAUUACCUCUCCAAUUACAAAAGGCGAUGGCCGCUGAAGCUGAAUCGACACGGUUGGCAAAUGCAAAAAUAAUAGUUGCAAAAUCCGAAAUUGAGACAGCGAGAAAUCUUCAAUUGGCCACUAGUAUACUGAUGGACAAUCCGAUGUGCAUGCAGGUCAUCAUUUCUACCCAUAUAUGUCUCACCGCUGUGCUUCUUCUGGCUCGUUGGUCUAAUAGUAGCAUUGUAUGA